CGUCCCACCCAAACCCACUGACUCCACCCCACCCACCCACCUACCAACCCCAAAAAGGGCAAAGAAACCAGACUGCUUAAAACCCUAAGCUCAAACGAAAGAGACGACGACGACCCUUUUGACUCUGAGAGAGAGACAUAACAUACUCUCUCUCGUCCUCUUCACACCAUUCUCAUCACACCCCAUCUUCGGAAAAUUCCUUCUUUCUUAUUUUUUUGGGUUAAAGUUCCUCACUUUCCGACAGCCUCUGUAAGCUCCGUAUCGUGAAAGAAAAGAUCUUUCCUUUUACUUAACCGCAUCAGAAGCUUCUUAUUGUCUAGAAGCUAUGGGGAAAACCGGAAUCCAGCUGUUCGACGAUUCAAGGAACGGUCUUUUCUCCGUUUCCGAUUUGGGAUGCGACUGGAGCUUAACCGGCGUUAACCACCACCACUCAAUUGGUGCCCUAUUCGCUAGCGUCAAUCAAACCAAUCCAUUCGGUUCUGGAUCCGUCUCUUCUCCGGGAAAGUGGAAGAGUGGGAAAGUGGAAGAGUGGGAAGAACUAGUUAACGGCGAGAAGAAGAAGAAUGGUGGUGGUGGGAUGAAGUUGAAGAUAAAGAUCGGUAACCCUUCCUUGCGUCGGCUGAUAAGCGGAGCUGUGGCUGGAGCCGUGUCGAGAACCGUGGUUGCGCCGUUGGAGACGAUCAGGACGCAUCUGAUGGUGGGAAGCGGCGGGAACUCGUCCACGGAGGUGUUCGGUGAUAUCAUGAAGCAUGAAGGUUGGACUGGUCUCUUCAGGGGUAAUUUGGUCAAUGUCAUUCGCGUCGCGCCUGCUCGUGCCGUCGAGCUUUUUGUAUUCGAGACAGUGAACAAGAAACUGUCACCAGAACAUGGAGAGCAGUCAAAGAUCCCAAUCCCAGCUUCAUUACUCGCUGGUGCUUGUGCUGGAGUUAGCCAAACCCUCUUGACUUACCCUCUCGAACUUGUCAAGACUCGUCUUACCAUUCAGAGAGGUGUUUACAAGGGGAUUUUCGACGCAUUUGUGAAGAUCAUACGCGAGGAAGGGCCCACAGAACUCUACAGGGGUCUUGCUCCUAGUCUUAUUGGAGUUGUCCCAUAUGCAGCCACCAACUACUUUGCAUACGACUCUCUAAGAAAAGCGUACCGGAGUUUUUCAAAGCAAGAGAAGAUAGGGAACAUUGAGACUCUUUUGAUAGGUUCUUUAGCCGGUGCACUAUCAAGCACCGCGACUUUCCCUCUGGAGGUGGCCCGGAAGCAUAUGCAGGUGGGAGCGGUUAGCGGGAGAGUUGUGUACAAAAACAUGUUGGACGCUCUGGUGAGCAUACUUGAGCAUGAAGGUAUCCUCGGUUGGUACAAAGGGCUUGGACCUAGCUGCUUGAAGCUGGUUCCUGCUGCUGGAAUCUCAUUCAUGUGUUAUGAAGCUUGCAAGAAGAUACUCGUUGAGAACAACCAAGAAGCCUGAUUUUUGGAAUUUUAUGGACUGUUAUUGCUAUUUUUAGAAGUUUAUCAGAGCAACACAAUGGGUAUAUUAGGAUUCAUAGUUCUAAAUUUAUCACACCACUUGAGAAUUGAGAUUACACAAUUGAUGUUGAGGGGAUUCCAAAAGAUUUUCAUUUUUCCUUUUAUGUUGGAUUCUGGAUUGAUCUGA